UUAUGCACUAUGGCGAUUCACCCAAGACUACACCUCGAGAGCUCUCAAGGGAGCCUCUCCCCCCAGCAGACUUUAGCAAUCUCCGCGUGGACCGAACAAGCCGCAUCGUCACUACAGAACCUGUCCCUAUCUGAAUCAGCGCCUGUCGUCGGAACGCCGUCGGUGUCGACACCAACACGUUCAAAUCUGCGCGGGACAACAGUGUCCCUGUCUAUUCCCCUCGAUGACGAGCCGCUAAGCCCGUCCCCACAGUCAAAGGUGGCCGCACCCAAAGUUACUUUCCGGCGUCGUGAGCCUCUGCGCCGUGAUAGUCUUAAGAGUCGCGAGGCUCUUCUGAAGGGCAAGGAUGGCAGUCGCCGGAGACAGCGCUGGGAAAAUGACCGUUUGCUGCACAACCCGUGGGCGCAGCCUCCAUCCGCCAGCGACUGGGAGAUCCAGCCAACCUACACCCGCCAUGACCCGAUGCCGUACUACCUCGCGCCGCUAUGGGAUGUUCACUACUCGCGCGUGGCCGAUAACCAGUCAGCCCAGAAACACGCCGCGAAGACAGCCAACCAGGAGUCCCGUAUCCCCAAAGAACUUCGACAGAAGCUGAAGCAUGCGCGGGCUGCUCAUGGCAUGCUCCGUGACCUAGAAGAUGACGUACGGCUUUUCAUCCGGAAGUGGAACGAGAAACAACUGUACCUCGAGAAUGAGGGUCUGCAAGAUGUGCCCAGCGACUCGGAGGAUGAGAUCGUCUUCGUCGGUCGCAAUGGGCAGAUGCAUGAUGCCCCAGAUCGAAAGGAGCGACUACAGUUGCUACGCCAGGAGAUAAAUUCACACAAUGAGCGCGAUGGAGAGAAGAUGGUACUUGAGAGUCUGGUCGACGACCCCUCUGCCGGUUUCGGUCGAUGGCUUGUGCACUCCAUCGCCUCGUAUUAUGGACUGCAUACUUGGUCUGUUACCGUGGAGAACCCUGCCCGACGGGAAGCAUACGUGGGAUUCCAUAAUCCGGAUAACCAAGCUGGCCUGAUAAGCCAUAUUCCUACCGGAAAGAUGAUCCGACCAGGAGAUGAUCUUCCUCAGCCGCUGUAUGCGCAGAUCUAA